CCAGAACAUAAAGUUCAUGUGAACAACGACAUAUGCCUGCUGUUUAUCAGCAAAACUAAUAAUGAACUGGGACAACAACUAUACAUGGAAGAAAUCAAUAUUUAUUGUUUCAACAGCAGAAUAUUAACUGAUAAAACUUGUAGUAUCCUCUUCACCCAUAUUAAAAGCAACGUUUUUUGAAAUAUUUGGUCGGAUGAAAAAGACAUAAAGUCAAAUUAAAGUUUUCUAAAAACAAUAUUGUUCUGUAAGGAAUAUUUUAAAAACCGAUAAGCAUUACAUUUCCCCAUACUCCGGCGGUAACAUUACACUCGUAUUGCUGAAGUAGCGAUGUAAGGCUGCACGUCAGGAAUGCAGCUGCAGCUGGAAGUCAUCCAGCGCGCCUUACCCACAGUAGAGCAGGAAGUUUUCAAGUUUAAGUUGUUCGUGUAUAGGUCGGGAAAUUACAGCGAUACAAAAACAGAACAAUGGCAGAUAAAGAACUUGACAGAGUCAGAUCUCGCUUUGUGAACAAGGUGUCCAAAGAAGUAAUAAGUCAACUCCUGGACGGCCUUUUGCAUGAUGGUGUGUUGAAUGAUGGGGAGAAGGAUGCAAUAAUUGAAGAAAAUGACAGCAGAGCAGAUAAAGCACGCUGUCUCAUCGACAAGGUGAAGAGGAAAGGACAUGAUGCCAGCAGCAAGAUGAUUACUCACCUGAAAAGUUUGGAUGAAACACUGUUCUGUGAGUUGGGUCUUUCCAACGUCCAGCCUGCUCUGCCAGCUGCAGCAGGCCCGGUGGAUCAGAGUGGAUCAACUCCUUCAGUCUCCAGCGUGGAAGAGUUCUGGAAGUCCAAAGAGAACGAUCCAGAGGUCUAUCCUGUGACACAAACUUCCUUUAGGAACCGUGUUGCUCUGCUGAUCACUAAUAUCAAGUUUUCUGAGAAAUCAAUGAACAGAAGGGGAGCAGAGAAAGACGAGGAGAACAUGGAGAAACUGCUUUCUAAUCUGGGAUAUGAGGUGGUGAAAUACACAAACCUCACUGGAAAGGCGAUUGAUGAGGCUUUAAUUGACUUCACUAAACAUCCCAAACUAAAACACACUGACAGCGUGUUUGUGGUUCUCAUGUCUCAUGGGAAGCUGGGGAAAAUUCUUGGGGUUGAUUGGAAAAAAGACCAACCAGAUGAAUUUCCAAUCAACAACAUUUUCAAACACUUGGGCUCCAAGAGCUGUCCAGAGCUAAGAGACAAACCAAAGGUCAUCAUCAUACAGGCCUGCAGAGGAGAACAAGGAGGAAGCGUUCUGGUUAACGACGGUCCAAACACAGCGGAUCAUGUUCUACAAUCUGAGGAUCUGGAAGCAGACAAGCUUCAAUUUGUUCACAAAGAAAAAAACUUCAUUUCUCUUCUUUCCUGCACACCUGACACCGUGUCGUACAGACAACCAGAUUAUGGGUCUCUCCUCAUCCAAUACAUUGUGAAGGUUUUCACCCCAGAGUCGUACAAGAAACACAUUUAUGAGCUUUUCAGGAAGGUCCUGCAGCAUGUUGAAGAGUUUAUGAGCCGUGAGAAACUCCAGAUGCCAACAAUUGACAGAUGCACCCUGACAAAGGACUUCUACCUCUUUCAAGGCCUCCUGCACAACAAUCACUGAUGUCACACGUCUUAGUGUGAUUUGAAGCACUUAGUACUUUUUGUACUUCUUGUUUUGCACUAAAAGUAAAAAAAAAAAAAAUCAUUUUUUUGUAUUUUAUAUUUGAGCUAGUUGCUCAUACCGGCUAGUUGGAGCAACUAGCCAAUCAAUUAAUUAGCGAAUAUGAAAUUGUUCUCCUGUUAAUCUAGAGCAGAAAGACCAAAGGGUUUAUGAUUCUGUGUAAUAAUCAUAGUGGAUGUUGAGUUAUGCCAGUGGCGACUCCAGAGAUGUUUUGCUGCAGGUGCUAAGGACGGAGCUAAGCAUUUUUCUAAGGGUGCUAUGCAGGAUAAUUUGUUCUUACAGUUCUCAACACACACAGAAGCAAGCACAUAUACAACAGAAUUAAAAACCAGAAUAUGUGGCAUUCUGGUUUUUAAUUACAGUACAUUCAGGGCUGGACGACGUGGCUGAAAAAUGUAUAAUGAUAGAAGCAUUUCAUAUAAGUCGAUGUCGAUAAUUGUUCAUUAGUUUGUUGUUUUCAAUAUCUGAAAUGCUGCCAGUCUGGUGAUGUAAUCAUUCCAGUUUUAUCCACAAUUUCUCCUUGAGCUGUUGAGUUUAUCCUUGGAAAUUUGGGUAGUAGAAUUGAUCCUUUUUCACAUUAUGUGCUCCUUUCAGAAGUGGAAAUAGGCAUAUAAGUUCAUUUUCUGUCACGAGAUGGGAUUUCUUUUAAUCCAAUAUAAAUUAUUUGUUUUAUCCUUUUUUUUUAAUUAGUUGUGUUUUUCAAGUUAAAAUAACACAGGAAUAUUAAAGAAUAUUAUCUUCAAUGAAAAGGAAAUAACCUGACAUUUUCCAUGACCUCUCCUGGGGGCGCUACAGCACCAGUGAAAAUGUGGAGAUUUCUUUAUUUCAAAUUUAGAGAAUCUGUAUCAUAUAAAGAUUCCACCACUUUCUGAUAGAAGUCAAUAUAUUAUGUAUUUACUAAAGACAUCUUUGACCCAAAUAUAUAAAUACAAUACCACUUCCUUUAAAUCUCGACUAAAAUCCCACCUGUUUAGAAUAUCGUUUGAAACAUAAUCAAUCACCAAUUUAAUGAUGGCACUUAAUGUAAUGUUCUGAUUGUUGAUUCUGUUGCAUGACUUUGUUAUUUUUGUGUUUAUUAUGUAAAGCACUUUGAAAUGCCUUGCUGCUGAAAUGUGCUGUACAAAUAAAAUUUUA